AUGUGGCUGUGUACUCUCCUUCCUGUUCUCUUUGGCUGUCCCUCUGGGUCUGCCCCUUCUCACCCAACAGCCUGGCUGUUGCCAAGGCAGAGGCCUCACUUUGACCGUCCUGGAGAUAUUAUGGUGGGUGGCAGCUUCUCCGUCUUUCGAUUCUCUAAUAGUACUCUGUCUGACUUCACUGCCCCACCAGCUGAACUGCUUGCUUCGGGAGUUUCCCAGUGGGGCUACCGGGUGGCCCAGAGUUUUGUCUUUGCCAUCGAGGAAAUUAAUAGGAGUGCUCACUUGUUGCCUAAUUUGACCCUUGGCUUCUCCAUUCGAAACUCAGGGGAUUCAGUGCAUGGAGCCGUCCAUGAGACUAUGAGCCUGCUCACAGGGCAGGAGGAGCCCAUCCCCAACUACACAUGCCAACAUCGCUCACCACUGGCUGCGCUGGUUGGGGACACAAGGUCAUCCCUGUCUGUCUCCAUGGCCAGACUUCUGGGGCUGUACAGGUUUCCCCAGGUCAGUUACUCAUCCUCACUACCCAGCCUCAGUGACAAGAUCCAGUUCCCAUCUUUCUUGCGGACCCUGACUAGUGACCUCAGAUCAUCUCUUGCAGUGACCCAGCUGAUAAUUCACUUUCGGUGGUCCUGGGUGAUCAUUCUGGCCCAUGACGAUGAUUUUGGGCAGCAGGCCAGCUCUCUGGCCAAUCAGGAGCUGAGCCCAGCCGGUGUGUGCAUUGAGUACACUCUCCAUGUCCCUUCCCAUGAGUCCUUGGGGAAGAUUGAAGAGAUUGCCCAGAAGAUGCAGAAAUACACAGCCAGGGUUGUUCUGGUUUUCCUAAGCAAUUCUAAUUUCCAACUCAUCCUGUAUGGCUUACUGGACACCACUGUGUCAGGCCAAGUCUGGGUCAGCAAGGGCACUCUACACAUGGCACUAGCCCUGGCCAUUCCAGGCAUUUCCCAGGUACUGCAUAGCACAUUUGGUCUUCUGUACCACAGCAGCAGUGCAAUUGGCUUCCCUGAGUUUCUUGGUCACCUGCGCCCCAGCCAGGCCCCAGGAGACGUGUUCAUAAAGAAGUUCUGGGAGUCUACCUUUGAUUGUACAUGGCCCCACCAGAGCAGCCCAGUAAUAGAGGGUGUUCAGUUGUGCUCAGGAAAUGAGAGUCUGAAAAACAAGCUGUACCCUUUCCAAGAAGUGAGUAAAAUUGAUGCUGCUUACACAGCUGUCUACAGCAUUGCCCAUGCUCUGCAAGAUAUGAUUGACUGCGAGCACCAGGAUGGGAAAGGUAGAGAUUCCCAGGCCUUCCAGCACUGGCAGCUGCUUCACGCCCUCAGGAAGGUGCACUUCAAAACUCCUGAUGGAAGUGAAAUUAUGUUUGAUGCUAAUGGAGAUUUGGUCACAAAAUUUGCCAUUUUCCAAGGGCAGAAGACCCCCGAGGGUGUAUUUCACUUAGCUCACGUAGGAAUGAUCAACCCUCAAGUCUCUUCGGGUAAUAAAAUGAUGGUCCAUUUGAAGGAGGAUCUCCAAGUGCCCACCUCUGUCUGCAGUGAAAGCUGCCUUCCAGGGUUCAGCCAAGUGCCCAGGCUGGGAGCCCCCCAGUGCUGUUUUGAUUGCAGUCUUUGCCCCGAGGGACAGUUUGCAGACAAAAAAGACAUGAAGAGAUGUCUUCCAUGCCCCGAGGAGCAGUACUCGAGCCAUAGCAGAGACCACUGCCUGCCCAGGACAGAGCUCUUCCUGGCCUUUGAGGAACCUCUGGGAUUCCUGCUGGCUUCGGUGGCACUCUUCCUGGCCGGUCUGGCCGCCCUGGUUCUGGGAGUGUUCCUGAAGCACAGGGACACCCCUGUGGUCAGGGCCAACAACAGAACCCUCAGCUACGUACUCCUGACGUCGCUCUCCCUCUGUGCCCUGUGUGCCCUGCUGUUCCUUGGCCGCCCCAGUGUGACCACAUGCCUCCUCCGUCAGACCACCUUUGCUGUGGUGUUCACGGUGGCCAUCUCCUGUGUUCUAGCCAAGACUCUCACAGUGGUCCUGGCUUUCAGGGCCACCAAGCCUGGGGGCAGGAUCCAGGUUUGCCUGAGCCCCGGAGCUCCUACCUCAAUGGUCCUCGUCGCUUCCUCCAUGCAGGUCGUUCUCUGUGGGCUCUGGUUGGCCACCUCUCCACCGUUCCCAGAAAGGGAUAUGGUCUCAGAGCCCCAGCACACUGUCAUUCGGUGCCAGGAGGGUUCUGGCACUGUCUUCCUCUGUGUGCUGGGCUACUUAGGGCUCCUGGCAGGGGGCACCUUCUCCGUGGCCUUUCUGGCCAGGGGCCUGCCAGAUGUCUUCAACGAGACUAAGUUCCUGACCUUCAGCAUGCUGCUCUUCUGCAGUGUCUGGACAACCUUCCUGCCUCUGUACCACAGUGCCCGGGGCAAGGCCACUGUAGCUGUAGAGAUCUUCUCCAUCCUGGCCUCCACUGCUGGGCUUCUGGGUGGCAUCUUCAUCCCCAAGUGCUACAUCAUCCUGCUGAAACCAGAGAGGAACACCCCUGCCUGGCUAAGGCAAAACCUCCAGGCACAGCAGGAUCGGCAGAGUGAGAUCCUCCAAACAAGGUGUCUCCCCAGGUCCAUACCACACAACUUCGUGAUGUAGUCCUUGGGGGAGUCACCAGGACCAGCCAUGUGAUUUUUGGCUCACUGUUUCACU